AUGCCAAAGAACAAAGGAAAGGGCGGUAAGAACCGCAGACGUGGAAAGAAUGAGAACGAAAGUGAAAAGCGAGAACUUGUAUUCAAAGAAGAAGGACAAGAAUAUGCACAAGUGCUAAAAAUGCUGGGAAACGGAAGACUGGAAGCACAAUGUUUCGAUGGUGAAAAACGAUUAGCACAUAUCAGAGGAAAAUUACGUAAAAAAGUUUGGAUUAAUACAGGUGAUAUCAUCCUUUUGUCGUUACGUGAAUUCCAAGAUGAAAAAGCAGAUGUUAUUCAAAAAUAUACUGCCGAUGAAGCUCGUUCUCUCAAGAAAUACGGAGAAUUACCUGAAUCUGCCGAAAUUAACGAAAAUGACGGACAAGGUGAAGAAGGUGACGAUGCUGUCGAAUUCGCUGAAGGUUCUGAUGAUGAAGAAAGCGAUGGAGAUUUGGACGACCUUUGA